GUGUUUUAUUUCCUUGUCCAACCAGGCCUAAUCUGAGUUAGUGCAUAGAUCUUGGAUAAAAAAAAAAGCAAGAAUGAGCUGUAUAAUAACAUUUUCCAAAAAUUUUAUAAUACCAGGAAUAAAGGAUAUUAUCAAAUAUUACUAGUCUAAAAAGAAAGAGAACUAUGUUACCAUGAGACAGUUAAAUCAACACAUUUUGGUAGUACAAUGAAAAUCAAAUAAAUUUCUAACUCAGUUUAUCAGCUCUGAAAUUAUGUAAAUGUUUAAGCCAAUUAGACAAUUAAAUUUGAGGCUAAAUCAUCAAGAAGAAGCAAGUGUAAGAAAGGGAAAAAAUGUUGUGGAGAGACUAAUAGCACCAACCAAACCCUUAAGAAAGUAAUGUAGAAGACAAUGCCAGCAAAGCAUUUCCAAGGAUAACCAGGGGAAACAUGUAUUUUCUGUUCUACAGCGGGGGAAGGAUAAGCAAUGAGAAACCACACAGUACCCACAGAAUUCAUUCUUCUAGGACUAUCAGAUGAUCCAGAGCUUCAGAUUGUGAUUUUUCUCUUCUUAAUCAUCACAUAUAUAUUAAGUGUCUCUGGAAAUUUGGCCAUCAUCACUCUCACCUUGGUGGAUUCUCAUCUAUGGACCCCUAUGUAUUUCUUCCUCAGGAACUUCUCUGUAUUAGAAAUAUCCUUUACAACCGUCUGUAUUCCCAGAUUUUUGGGCACAAUUAUCACCAGAGACAAAACGAUUUCAUACAAUAAUUGCAUAACUCAAUUGUUUUUCUUCAUCUUCAUGGGUUUAACUGAAUUUUAUCUUCUAACUGCCAUGUCCUAUGACCGCUAUGUGGCCAUCUGCAAACCCCUGCACUACACAGUCAUCAUGAACAACAGAGUCUGCAUAUUGCUUGUCCUCUGUGCUUGGCUGGCAGGAUUCUUAAGUAUCUUCCCACCAGUUGUUCUUUUUCUCCAAUUAGAUUACUGUGGCUCCAAUGUCAUUGAUCAUUUUGCCUGUGACUAUUUCCCCCUCUUGCAAUUAUCCUGCUCAGACACCUGGCUCCUGGAAGUGAUUGGUUUUUACUCUGCAAUAGUGAUUCUGCUGUCGACCUUGGCAUUAAUAAUUCUAUCCUACAUGCUCAUCAUUAGAACAAUUCUAAGACUGCCUUCUGCCAGCCAGAGAAAAAAGGCAUUUUCUACAUGCUCCUCUCACUUGAUUGUUAUUUCCAUUUCUUAUGGAAGCUGCAUAUUCAUGUAUGCCAACCCUUCAGCAAAAGAAAAGGCAUCUUUGACCAAAGGAGUAGCUAUUCUGAACACUUCUGUUGCUCCUAUGAUGAAUCCAUUUAUAUAUACCUUGAGGAACCAGCAAGUGAAGCAAGCCUUUAAGGAAGCUUUUCAAAAGGUUAUCUUUUUCUCUGGUAAAUGAAAGUACCAGUUAUAUUAAAAGAAUAAAAUUCUUAUCAGUGCUUUCUAUUAUU